CAAAUAUACGCUUUUCGCGCCUUUUCAGUUUUCAUGUAUGGAGGAAGUUUUAUUUCCCUCAAGAAACAAGAAACAGCACUAACUCUACUUUAUAAAUUAUAGUUUUAAGCGCAUAGGGCUUCAGGAAUAUUAUUAACAAUGGAUACUAACGAUGAACUCGCACAAUUGGAAGAACUAUUAAGUGCUGACCUGAACGAAGAAAGUUGUGCUAAAAAUGUAAAUGAAUCAAAUAUAAAAGAAGUUGACAUCUUUAAAAAUACUUCGAAUGAGAAGGUGGACGAGAGUAAUGCUGUCGAAUCGUCAGUAAUACAUAAUGGUGACACGGAUUCUUCAGACGACGAGGAAAAACGAAAUUAUACAGAAAGGAAAUAUAGCCAAUAUGGUGCGUUGGUAAAGAAAUCUUUAGAUCAUAAAGAACACGAGCAAAUUGACAGAAGAAUUGAAUUUGAAAGUAGAUUACGGCAAACGAAUAUUGAAUUAAAAGUAGCUAAACAGUCCUCUUUUAAAAAAACACCUGAAAGCUCCAGUGAACAAAGCAAUAAGCAAUUCUUUGGGGUUCCAGAAAGUAAAAAAAAAUUGCCUGGUGAUGUUUUUACGGAUCCCAUAUUUGGAAUUCGGAUAACUAAGCCUCUCAUUUCAAGCUCAGCACUAUUGGAUCGGAUGCAAGGCAGAGAAGCUGUUAACAUGCUACGGGUGAAACGAUAUGUUGAAAACGAAGACCUUUCUAAAGAUUGGGUGAUUGCUGGAGUUAUUGUCAAAAAAAGUGCUACAAAAAAAUCUCAGAAAGGUAAUCAAUUUAUCAUUUGGACCUUAAGUGACAUGAAAGACGAUUUAAAGACAGUUUCAAUGUUUUUAUUCCGCAAAGCUUACAAUGAUUUGUGGAAAUCUUCUGAAGGAACAGUUGUUGCUGUCUUAAAUCCCAACGUUCUUGACAGAUCCGAAAACAGUAAAGAUCAAGCUUGCCUCAGUGUAGAUAACUCAGAAAAAGUUAUGAUUCUCGGUCAAUCUAAAGAUUUAGGUAUUUGUAAAAGUAAAAAGAAAAAUGGAGAACCAUGUACUGCAUUUGUGAAUAUAAGUCAAGGUGAACACUGUAUUUAUCAUAUCAAACAAGAAUAUCAAAAGUUCUCAAGGAGACAAGAACUGCAAUCAUCCACUAUGGGUAAAGGACUAAUUAAUCUCCAAAAUAAAGUGUUUGGAAAGGACACAUUUAUUUAUGGCGGCAAAGCAUAUUCAGCAUUACCUUCAGGUAACAGUAAACCAGUAAAAGACAGAGAUCAAAAUAGACUUAUGUCUUUGAGUGACUAUUUCAAAUCAGAAAAUGAUACAUUAAUGACAAAUAAAGCACCCUGUGGAACAGGCAUUAUUCAGAACCAAAAAGGACUUUUACAUAGUCCUAAAAUACAAAAAGUUAGUGAUGCAGAGAGACUUAAUAAUUUGAAUCAGAGCCCAAGUAGUAAUCAAACUCUAGCUCAAAAAGUGGCCAAUUCUCCCACAUUAGGCAAAGGUUUUGGAUUAAAGGGAGGUGGCGUAAUUGAUCUAAAUAUAUCUUAUAGACAGCGCUCUGUUGAGAAAGCAAAGCUUAAAGCAUUAAGAUUAAUUCAACAAGAAGGUGGCAUUGAGAAAAUAGACCCGAACAAUAUUAAAGGAACAGAAGCUGGUAAAAAAAGAGCCCUAGAAAAACUAUUAACCCAAUCAGAUACUGAUGAAAAUAGUUGUAAAAAAGCUAAAAUCGGAAAACCUAUUGUAAAAGUAGUCUCUAAGCCAGAUAAUGGUAAACAAGUAAUGUCAGAAAGAUUUAAAAAGAUUUUAGAGGCUACUUCGGCUCAUGAAAAUUUAAUAAAACAACAUGAAGAUGAUGAACAAGAGAAAUACUUCAAUAAAUUAGAAAAGAAAGAAGCCAUGGAGGAGAAAAUGUUGAAUACAUUUAAAAUAGCGUGUAAGGCGGUCAGAUGUGUGAAAUGUAAAUAUACAGCAUUUUCAGCGGCACAGAUAUGUAAAGAUGAACGGCAUCCCCUCAAAGUACUAGACACAUUUAAAAGGUUCUUCAAAUGUGCAGAUUGUAAGAACAGAACAGUUUCAUUAGAAUUGUUACCACUACAUUCUUGCAAAAAUUGCAAUGGAUCAAGAUGGGAAAAGGCGCCAAUGUUAAGAGAAAAGAAUGUUACGAUUACCGAGGGCCUCUCCCUUCGUGGGGAGGAAGAGACAUUUAUUGGAGGACAAGUUACUGCAGGGAAGAAUAUAAAUUUACUUGUUCCUGACAGCUAAUGAUUAAAUUAUAUGAAUUUGAUUUGUUUGUGUAGUGCUUGAGGAAUGUUUUCUGUAUUUAUUAUACUUACAAUAAGUAUUCAAUUAAGUUUAAAGACAUAAUAAUGUGCACAAAUAUGAUACUUCCAAGUCUGCUUUUAAAGUUUUGUUUCACACAGAAUUGUUUUCUUAAAAUAUAUGUUGUAGUUUGUUGUGUCUGAAUAAUCAUAAUUUUUAUAA